GUGAUCUUUUGUUUUAUCGAGUUCUCACCAUAGAGCGCAAUUGAACGUUCGUCCCGUGAAGGCAUGAGUUUCCAGAAGAAGCCCAUCAUUAUAGAUGCGCAAGGUCAUCUUCUUGGUCGGUUGGCCUCUGUAGUAGCCAAAACAUUGCUAAAUGGCCAGAAAGUAGUCGUAGUGCGGUGCGAAAGCAUCAAUAUAUCCGGAUCCUUUUAUCGAAACAAAUUGAAAUAUCUUGACUUCCUUAGAAAGCGAAUGAAUACUAACCCAUCAAGAGGUCCUUACCAUUUCAGGGCACCCGCGAAAAUAUUUUGGCGGACCGUCCGUGGUAUGCUUCCUCACAAGUUGCAUCGUGGAAAGCAAGCUCUCGACAAACUCAAAGUUUUCGAAGGCAUACCUCCUCCGUACGACAAGAAAAAACGUAUGGUCGUUCCCUCAGCACUUCGAGUGAUCCGACUGAAGCCCGGUCGAAAGUUCUCCGUAUUAUCUCGUUUGUCUGAUGACGUCGGGUGGAAGUACAAAAAUGUGAUUGAAAAGAUGGAAAAUCGUCGGAAAGCCAAGGCUGCUGUCUGGUAUAAAAGAAAAAAGCUGCUCCAAAAACCAAGUGAGGCUGCCAGAGGACAGGCUAAAGAGGCAAUUGCCCCAUAUCAGGCAAUCUUGAAACAAUAUGGUUACUCCUAAAUCUGUAUAUUCUGUGACUUCAUAAAGACGGUUUUCACGGAUAACGCUCAGUUUUCAUCUCUUGUACCGAAUCUAAGUUUUGAAAUUAACAUCGAUCAUAUGGUUAUUGCAAAAAAAGUUGUGGAGUAUAUUUUUGUUAAAGUUACUAGUGAACGCCAAAUGUCAUAGCUUAACAGGGUGUGUCUAAAUGAUGUAAGAUCGUCGUGUUCACAAUCAAAUCCCUUUCUAACCCCUUAUCUUCGCAUAACUUAUCACCAGUAACUCGAUUUUCAUAAACUUUUACGAUGUUAGUGUACCUGGAGCCAGCUCCGGAUUUCUUGUCUCC